CACACUUUUUCUUUUCCCACUUUCUUUUUUUUAAUUAUCUUGGAAAUAUAUCUAUCUUUUUACCAAUAAUAAUGUCGAAACAACAAGAACCUACCAAGACUAUUCCUUCACAAAACGAUGAUUCUGACUUGGAUGAUCUAUUAGAUGAUGUGCUUGAUGACUUUAAUGGUUUAUCCACUAAAGAAACUACUAAAGAAACCAAUAAAGAAACCAACAAAGACACAACCAACGAUAAUAAGACGAGUGAUAAGACAGAAGAAUCGCUGGACGAUAUGUUGGAUAAUGAAGCGUUUGCCAAGCAAUUACAAGCCGGUAUGGAAGAACUCAUGGGCAAUAUGGAACAAGAUCCUGAAAUGAAGGCAGCUUUUGAAAAGGUUUGGGGAUCUUUUGAUCCUACUACGUUAGCAAAUCAAGACAAAUCAGAAACCGCUAAACCUUCUACCACUGAUCGUGCUGUUCCUGGUGCCUCUUUCCAAGAUACCAUUGCUCAAACUAUGAACAAAUUGAAGGAUAGCUCAAAACAAGUCGAUUCAUCUAUUUCUGAAGAAAAUGAUGAUGCAUUCAUGGCUGAAUUGAUGAAACAAAUGGAAGGAUUGACAGAAGGUGGUGACUUAGAAAACGUAUUGGAAGGAAUGAUGUCUCAAUUAAUGUCCAAAGAAAUGUUAUAUGAACCUAUGAAAGAUAUGGUUAGCAAGUAUCCACCAUGGUUGGAAGAAAAUAAGGACAAGACGGAGAAGACUCAAUUUGAAAAAUAUCAACAACAAUAUGAAAUGUGUCAAAAGAUUGUGGCCGAAUAUGAAGCUCCAGGUUUUGAUGAAAACAAUGAACAACAAGCAAAAAAGAUUAUGGAUUUGAUGACAGCAAUGCAAGAUUUAGGUCAACCUCCUGCUUCUUUAUUAGAAGACAUGGCUCCUGGAAUGAAUUUUGGUAAUCCUGAAGGUAUGCCUGAUAUGAAGGAUUUGGAAAACUGUACUAUCAUGUAAAAUUUAGAAUCUGUCUUUUUAUCUCCUCUUUAUGGUUUAUAUAUCAAUAAAGGUGUUUUUUUUUUUUUUUUUA